UUAAUCCUCUUACGAACCCUUUCUCGAUUCUCAUUCCCGAAUAUGGUAUUAUUAUUGACGAACGAAGGAAACAAUGUUUGGAAAAACUUAAAAUCUUGUCCGAGGAGGAGUAUCCUAAAAUCAAAAUCAUUGAAGAACUCGAAGGCGAGAUUUUGCCCGCAAAUGAGAAUGUUCUGGGUUCUUCAC